AUAGGGUUACCGAGUUUAGUUAUAUAUUGACAUUUUAGCAUUACAUAAAUUGUCAAAAACUGGUGCAAAUUGUUGAAUUUAUAUUAAACAGUUGGUAAAAUGGCGGCCUUAAUCAGGAAUCUGGGUGCCCGAGCCGCAGUCGCCGCUUUGUCGGCCAAGCAUGUCGUACCCGCAGCAGGAUCAGCUGCUCUUCGGAUGGCCAGCACAGCGCCUGUGGAUCCCAAGAAGGCAGAUAAACCCACUGUCCGCCAGCCGGACGCAGUUGCGCGUUCGCAUCUUUCCGAUUUUGGGCGCUAUGUGGCCGAGUGCCUGCCCAAGUACGUCCAGAAGGUCCAGCUAACCGCCGGCGAUGAGCUGGAGGUUCUUAUUGCCCCCGACGGCGUGGUGCCCGUCCUGCAGUUCCUCAAGGAUCACCACCAGGCACAGUUUACCAAUCUAGUCGAUAUUGCCGGUGUGGAUGUGCCCUGCCGCAAGAACCGCUUCGAGGUUGUCUACAAUCUGUUAUCGCUCCGCUACAACUCGCGCAUUCGCGUGAAGACCUACACCGAUGAGCUGACUCCUCUGGAUUCCGCGUGCGAGGUACACAAGGCGGCGAACUGGUAUGAACGCGAGAUUUGGGACAUGUACGGUGUGUUCUUCGCCAACCAUCCAGACUUGCGCCGCAUUCUCACGGAUUACGGUUUUGAGGGACAUCCUCAGCGCCGAGACUUUCCACUUUCCGGCUACGUAGAGCUGCGCUACGAUGACGAGAAAAAGCGCGUCGUCUGUGAGCCGUUGGAGUUGGCCCAGGAGUUCAGGAAGUUCGAUCUGUCGGCGCCUUGGGAGCAGUUCCCCAACUUCCGCAACGCAAAUCCCCCUGCUGAGGUCGUUCCUCCACAGGCUCCUGCCAAGAAGUAAUCCAAGUCGGUUUGUUAAAUGGUAAUUAGAUCAAUAAAACGAGAUCACUAUGA